CCGCCUUUCUCCAGGGAAGAAACAGUUUCUGGGGGGGGGGCUGGCUACGGUCUCUACGUUGUAGCGUCGGGACACUGACGAUUUAACAUCGGGCAUAGCAUCAACACGGGCUCUUCUUGUAUGGUUCGGUGCCGGUCUGUGACUCUGCUAAACAGUAACCAUGGCCCUCCUGUCCUAAGAUCAGACUCCAGUGGAUGUUUUGAGGAAAAAGAAGAUGGAGGAUCUUUGCUCGGAGCAUGUAGCUGACCUUCCUCAGAAUGGGGGAAGUAGUGGAGGAGGAAGAGGUGGUGGAGAGGGGGUCAGAAAGGUAGAGAACACUGUCACCCAGAUUACAAGCGAGGCCUCAAGCAUCAGCUCUCCUGGCCAGGCUAAUCAGAAACCAAGCCUUUCACAUAUGGUAACUAUCCCAGCGUCCCCCACCAUGGUCAGUCCCAGCGUCGAGGCUCCAGAAGGGGUGGCUCUCAAGGUGGCUGCCACCGUGCUUCAGCCUCUCUGUCUGGGGGACAGUCCUGUGAUGCUGCCCAUCCACCCCCUCCAACAGAUGGCUGGAGGAACCCCUCCCCAGGGGAUCCCUCCGUACCUCCUAACCCACCAGGGGCCUCUCUCCCUGGGCUCCCUCUCCCAAGGCCCUGGUCUCUCCCUGCCUCUGGUCCUGGAGCAGCAUGUGUUCCAGCAUCUGAACACCAUGGGAGCGAUGCUCCAGCAGACUCCCCCCUACCCUUCCCUGUCCUUCCUCCAGAACAAUCUGCUGUGUCACACCCAGCCUCAGACCUCUUCCAUGGCUUCGUUGGCCUUCUGCCAGCCUCCAGCCCUGGAUCAGAAACUACCUGGACCUCCAGCCCAGGACCCAGGUAUUCAUGCCAUCCUCCAGAACCCAGCAUUCGCUGCCCUCAUACAGGACCUGUUUUCUGCUCAGACCAACCCCACCUCCUCUUCCUGUCACCCAGCGGGGUCAACCCCAACUGACCCCUUUGCUUCAGCCUCGUUCCCCCCAUCCCAACCCCAACCUCCACCCCUCUCCUACCCCUACAGCUCCCCGCUGGCCCCCUGGUACCCCCUGCCACCCUCCUGGUCCCUUACCCUGUCAUUGUUCCUCUCCCUGUGCCUCUACCCAUCCCUCUCCCUAUCCCCGUCCCCCAGAGCCAGGAGUCCAAAGGAUUCUCUGACCCCUCUAAACCAGCCUGUAUGGUGACCAAAAGCACACAGACUAACUAUGAGGAGAUCGUCAGUCCUCCACCACACGGUAACAUGACUCUUUACCCUCCAUCGUCAAUGGCCUCUCUGUCCUCUGUUGCCAUGGUCCCCGAGGGGGAGGUGCUUGACCUAUCAGUGAAAUCCCCUCCCAUAAUCCAACCAAAGCAGGAAAUGGCAUUUCAACAACACGAUGACACUGUCCUCGACCUGUCUGUAGCUAGUAAACAGAAAAGAAAAGAGCGUCCUUCAUCGCGGGACUGGCACACUUCUUCCGAGGGCGCUACUACAGCUUGGCUCCCUUCACCCGAGGGCACUACAUCUGUUUCUCUGGAGGUCUUAAAGCCUGCGGAGUGCACUCAGAAGCUUCACCACCACCCGAGCCUGUUGAACGGUGUAACCCAUGUAGAAUUCAGUAGACGGCGUCAGUGGGCGGUUGUGGAUGGAGGUGGGAGCGGUAAUAGACCCAGCAGCGAGCCUAAGAGCAGUAGCAGCAGCGGUAGCUCCAACUUUGAGAUCUUUCACACCUCUCAAACAGCCAAAGUCAUCGUGGCGGUCAAAGACGCGAUCCCCACCACCGCCAUCUUCUGUGGGAAGAUCAAGUCUCUCUCAGGGCUGUCCAGUAAGAGCUUGUCUAUUAAACAACACGACUCCUCCGGCCACACGGGGGCGCUGUUACAUCAGUGUUACGGUUCUCUGCCUCUAACUAGAGGACACCAUGUGGUGGAGCAGAAGGACCCUAACCUCCCCAGGAACAGGCAGGCCAUCAAACUGAAGAAGGUCAGUUCACAGGAGAUCCACAUCCUACCCAUCAAGAAGCAACGUCUGGCUGCCUUCUGCCCCAGGAAGUAGAGAGUUAGCCUGGUCCCAGAUCUGUUUGUAGAGAGGAGUUAGCCUGGUCCGAGAUCUGUUUGUACUGUCUUGCAGAUCUGGGACCAGGCUGGAGCGUGAAGUGUCAUUGUAGAAGUGGGAUCGAACAGACAGGGCGGUCAGACAGACAGGGCGGUCAGACAGACAGGGUGGUCUCUGUUACAUAAAGGAGGUGGUGAUGAG